UCAGAGGCUGUCUUGGGGUUCAGUCUGUACCUGCCUGAUCUCUAUGCUGCUGCCUUCCUGCCCCCACUCCUGAGCUCGCUGAGUUUCCGGGCUUCCUUCCCAGGGCCCAGAGGGUUGACUCGGCUCCUUCCCUUCCCACGGCUGACUUGGCGUGGGAGUCCCCAGAUGAGCUGCACCAGGUUCGAGUCCAGCUACUUUCCUCACACAUGUGGAGCCUCAGGCUGUUCUCUUGCCUUCUCUGGGCUGCAGCCUUCACAUCUGUGUAGUUAAGGACACCCGUCGGGAUGACACCCUGGAUUCUGUUCCUCGCACUCCUCUGGCUCCAGGGUUUUUGGGCAGAGGAAGAUGCAUGUCACUCCCAGGAAGGGAGCCUAGAGCCAGAAGGUGGAGGCCAGCCCCUGACUGUGAACAUCAGCAGGCAAGGGAAACCUACCAGCUUGUUUCUGAGCUGGGCAGCUGCAGAGCCAGGAGGGCUUAGCCAUGCCCUCCGCCUCACGCGCCUGAGCCCCCUUGGCUCUCCCGAAGAACAGCAGCUCCAGGUUCAAACCAAUGAGUCCAGCUUUGUGUUCCAUGACCUGGUGCCAGGGGGUCGCUACCAGCUAGAAGUGACUGAACUCAGACCCUGCAGACAGAAUGUCACCGUUACUCUCACUGCCCGUAUUGCCCCGUCAGCGGCCCGUGGACUACAGCUGCAUAGCUCCGGGAGCCCAGCUAGCCUGGAGGCCUCGUGGGGUGAUGGCCCUGGCCAGCGGGACAGCUAUCAACUUCUCCUCUACCACCUGGAAUCCCAGACACUGGCAUGUAACAUCUCUGUGUCCCCAGACACACUGUCUCAUCAUUUUGGCAACCUCUUGCCAGGCAGCCAGUAUGUUUUGGAGGUGACCACCUGGGCCGGAGAUCUCCAGGCAAAGACCAGCAUCCGACAGUGGACCGCUCCUGCGCAUCCCGACCACCUAGUGCUGCGUGCCUUGAACACCAGUAGUCUGCAAGCCUCGUGGAACAGCCCUGAGGGGGCUGCCUGGCUCCACUUGGUGCUCACAGACCUCCUAGGGGGUACCAACCUGACUGCCGAGGUCAGCCGUGGAGUCUCGAGUCACACCUUCAUCCACCUGUCUCCAGGCACCCCCUAUGAGUUGACACUCACUGCUGUUGCUGGGCCCCACCAAGCCACGGGGCCCAAUGCCACUGAGUGGACCUAUCCCUCCACCCCAUCUGACCUGGUAUUGACUCCCAGGCCCCCUGAGCUCUGGGCAAGCUGGAAGGCAGGGCCUGGAGCCCAGGAUGGCUAUGUACUUAAGUUAAGUGGGCCAGUGGAGCAGAAUACCAAUCUGGGCCCCGAGGCACUCAACACCACGUUCCCAGGGCCCCUGCCUACCGGGCACUAUGCUCUAGAGCUAAAGGUCCUGGCAGGGCCCUAUGAUGCCUGGAUCCAGGCCAGUGCCUGGCUGGAUGAGUCUGCUGCCCAGCACAGGCAGGGCCCUGGUGCAACACUGCAGCUGGAUGGACUGGAGGCCACAGGGCAGCCUGGGAGGCGGGCCCUUCUCUAUGCUGACAGUGCCCCAGGCCUUCUAGGAAACAUCUCUGUGCCCUCAGGUGCCACCCACAUCACCUUCUGUGGACUGGUACCUGGGGCACGCUACCGGGUGGACAUUGCUUCAGCGAUGGGAGUCAUCACCCAGAGUCUCACACGCCACACCAGUCCCCUGGCACCACAGUCACUGGAGGUCAUCAGCAGGGAUAGCCCGUUUGAACUGACCAUUGGCUGGGUUCCAGCACCAGGGCAGCGGGAAGGCUACAAGGUCACCUGGCAUCAGGAUGGUCACCAGAAGUCGCCUGGCAACCUUGUUGACUUGGGCCCAGACAAUUCCAGCCUGACUCUGAGAGACCUAGUUCCUGGGUCCUGCUACACGGUGUCAGCCUGGGCCUGGGUGGGGAAUCUCAGCUCCAGCCCACAGAGGACCCACAGCUGCACCCGCCCGGCUCCUCCCACCAACCUGAGCCUGGGCUUCAGCCAUCAGCCUCCGUCGCUGAAGGUUUCCUGGAGUCCCCCACCUGGUGGCAAGGACGGCUUUCAGCUGUGGCUUUACAGCCUGAGGCCCCUAACGCUGCAAAGUGAGGAGAUCCUGGCCGGGGAGGCCCAGAGCUUCUCCUGGACCCAGCUGGCCAGGGGUUCUGAGUUCCUGAUGCAACUCUCUACCCUGUGGAGACUGGAGGUCAGCAGCAGCGCCAACACCACAGGCUGGACAGCCCCCUUUGCUCCUACCAUGGUCAGUGUAACCAGUGAGAGUGCCACCCGGCUUCGGGUAGACUGGGUCCAUGCACCUGGGGGUCGGAACAGCUACCAAGUGAACCUGUAUCAGGCGGGGGCCCGGGCAGCCUCCCACAGCGUGGGCCCUGAGGUGGACAGCACAAGCUUUUCGACUCUGACCCCAGGCACGAAGUAUGAGGUGGAGGUUGUCUCGUGGGCUGGGCCCCUUCGCACCGCAGCAGCCAACGUCUCUUCUUGGACAUCCCCACUCAUGCCCAGUGAGUUGCUGGUGUCAAUGCAGGCGGGCAGCGCCACAGUCAACCUGGCCUGGGCCAGCGGCCCCUUGGGGAAGGGGACAUGCCAUGCCCAACUCUCAGAGGCUGGGCACCUCUCAUGGGAAGAGGCCCUGGAGCUAGGCCAAGCUCGCCUAGUGCUGCGGGACCUCACACCAGGACGUACCCUCUCGCUGUCCGUGCGGUGCCAGGCAGGACCACUUCGGGCCUCGACUCAUCCCGUGGUGCUGCCUGUGGAGCCUGGCCCUGUGGAGGACGUGCUUUGUCGCCCUGAGGCCACCCAUCUGACCCUGAAUUGGACUAUGCCUGUCGGGGAUGUGGGCACAUGUCUGGUGGUGGCAGAGCAGCUGGAGGCAGGCGGGAGUGCUCAGCUCGUGUUCCAGGCCAACGCCUCAGACGACGGCCUCCUGUUGUCCAACCUGACGCCGUCCACUCCCUACCGCCUCAGCCUCACUGCGCUGGGCGGAAACGGCCUGUGGAGCCGGGCUGUCACCUUGCUGUGCACAACUUCUGCUGAGGCCUGGCACCCACCAGAGCUAGCUGCAGCCCCCCAGCUGGAGCUGGAGACCGGAAUGGGGGUGAUGAUCACACGGGGCAUGUUUGGCAAGGAUGAUGGGCAGAUCCAGUGGUAUGGCAUCAUUGCUACCACCAACAUGUUGUUGGCUCGACCUUCACGGGAAGCCAUCAACCACACGUGGUAUGACCACUACUACAGGCGGUGUGACUCCUACCUGGCCACCCUGCUCCCUGACCCCUUCUACCCAGGGCCCUGGUCUGUGCCAAGAUCCUGGACAGUGCUUGUGGGUACAGAAGACUGUGGCCACACCCAGGAGAUAUGUAAUGGGCAGCUCAAGCCAGGCUUCCAGUAUAGGUUCAGCAUCGUGGCCUUCACCAGGCUCAGUUCUCCCGAGACCAUCAUGUCCUUCUCGGCCUUCUCAGAGCCUCUGGUCAGCGUGUCCCAAGCAGCAGUACCCCUGCCAGUCAUGGUGGGCACCGUGGUGAGCUGUGUCUUCAUUGUGUGCACUGUGCUGGGCUUGCUAUGCUGGUGGCGCCUGAAGGGACCAAGGGAUGAGAAGGAUGGCUUCUCCCAUGAGCUGAUGCCUCACAGCCUGCGGCGAACCCACAGACCCAUCCCCAUCCACAGCUUCCGGCAGAGCUAUGAGGCCAAAAGUGCGCACGCACACCAGGCUUUCUUUGAGGAAUUUGAGGAGCUGAAAGAGGUAGGCAGGGAGCAGUCCAGACUGGAGGCUGAGCACCCUGCGAACAGCACCAAGAACCGGUAUCCACACGUGCUACCGUAUGACCACUCCAGGGUCAGGCUGACCCAGCUGGCAGAAGAGCCCCAUUCUGACUACAUCAAUGCCAACUUCAUCCCAGGCUACAACCAUCCCCAAGAAUUCAUUGCCACUCAGGGGCCUCUCAAGAAAACAGUGGAGGACUUCUGGAGGCUGGUGUGGGAGCAGCAGGUCCACGUCAUCAUCAUGCUGACGGUGGGCAUGGAGAAUGGACGGGUGCUGUGCGAACAUUACUGGCCGGCCAACUCCUCUCCUGUCACCCAUGGUCACAUCACCAUUCACCUCCUGGCUGAGGAGUCGGAGGAUGACUGGACAAAGAGAGAAUUCCAGCUGCAGCACGAUACCCAGCAAAAACAGCGGAGGGUCAAACAAAUGCAGUUCACCACCUGGCCAGACCACAGCGUGCCCGAGGCCCCCAGCUCCCUGCUCGCUUUUGUGGAGCUGGUGCGGGAGCAGACAAGGGCUGCGCAGGGCAAGGGGCCCGUCCUGGUGCACUGCAGUGCGGGUGUGGGCCGGACAGGCACUUUUGUGGCCCUUCUGCGCCUGCUGCGGCAGAUGGAGGAGGAGCAAGUAGUAGAUGUGUUCAACACCGUGUAUGCGCUCAGGCUGCACAGACCCCUCAUGAUCCAGACCCCGAGCCAAUAUAUCUUCCUGCAUAGCUGCCUACUGAACAAGAUUCUAGAAGGACCCCCUGACACCUCCAACUCUGGCCCUAUCUCUGUGAUGAAUUUUGCACAGGCUUGUGCCAAGAGGGCAGCUAAUGCCAAUGCCGGCUUCUUGAGGGAGUAUAAGCUCCUGCUGCAGGCCAUCAAGAAUGAGGGAGGGUCUUUGAUGCCCCCUCAUGGCCACAAGCAGAAUAGCAUGGUCUCCCGGGACCAUGCUCAGGUGCAGUUUCCUCCGGUGGAGGAUAGUCCCGCUGACGACUUGCUGGAAGCCUGGCUCUUCCCUGGUGGACCUUCUGGCCGUGACCAUGUGGUACUGACUGGCCCUGUGGGGCCAAAGGAGCUCUGGGAGCUGGUGUGGGAGCAUGAAGCCCAUGUGCUGGUCUCCCUGGGCCUGCCUGACACCCAGGAGAAGCUGCAGGAAUUCUGGCCCUCGGAGAUGCAGCCCAUUAUCACAAACACAGUGACGGUGCGCUGGGUGGCUGACAGCGUCGUGAGCGGCUGGCCCUGUGCUCUCUUCAGGGUCCUCCACGGGGAGAGCGGGAUAGAAAAGCAGGUGCAACGCCUUCAGUUUCCGUGCUGGGAGUCUGAGCACGAGCUGCCGCCGGCUAUGGCCUUGCCGCUCUUCCUGGUUGCCGUGCGCCAGUGCUGCUCCAGGGGCAAGAGCAAGAAGCCGGGCACGCUGCUCAGCUACUCCAGCAAGGGUACGAACCAGCUGGCUACCUUCCUGGCCAUGGAGCAGCUGCUGCAGCAGGCCGGGGCUGAGUGUGCCGUGGACGUCUUUAACGUGGCCCUGCAGCAGUCACAGGCCUGUGGCCUCAUGACCCCAACACUGGAGCAGUAUAUCUACCUCUACAAGUGCUUGAACAGCGCACUGUUGGAUGGGCUGCCCUGAGCCAGGAAGUGGCCUGCUCCCUGCCAAGCAGCAAUGACCCCAUCAAGUCCACCAGGCCUGGGUUCCAGGGAAGAGCAGCCUCCAUAGGGCCUCGCGCUGUUUAAGGGACGAAGUUGGGGAAUAAAGACAUAUGGUCAAGCUCA